UAACCCUUAGCAUCUGCCCGCGUCCUCCAAGUACAAAAAGCAACUCCGGGCAGUGGGUCCCUUCUGUUCCUCAUUAAAAACGCAGUUAAACGGACCAGGGAAACGCCAACAUGUCGGAUCAAUCCGCUUUCGACACAGACGUGUGGACGCUCACACGCUUCGUUAUGGAAACAGGGAGACAAGCGAAAGGCGCAACUGGUGAACUUACCCAGCUAAUAAACUCCAUGCUAAUAGCUAUCAAAGCUAUUUCAUCUGCCGUACGGAAAGCAGGCCUUGCUCACCUUCAGGGCAUCGCCGGGCACAUCAACGUCACGGGGGACGAGGUAAAGAAACUGGACAUUCUGUCCAACGACCUGGUCAUCAACAUGCUGCAAGCGUCCUACAGCAGCUGUGUCCUGGUAUCUGAGGAGAACAAAGAGGCCAUCAUCACCCCUGCUGAGAAAAGGGGUAAAUACGUGGUCUGUUUCGAUCCACUGGAUGGCUCCUCCAACAUUGACUGCUUGGCUCCUAUAGGCACUAUCUUUGCCAUAUACAAGAGGACCGAAGAGACUUCAGAGGGUGAGCCCACUGAGAAGGACGCAUUACAGCCUGGUAACCAAAUUGUGUGUGCGGGCUACGCGUUGUAUGGCAGUGCCACCAUAGUAGCUAUGAGCACUGGAGCGGGCCUCAACUUUUUCAUGUUAGAUCCAGCCAUCGGCGAAUUCAUACUGACAGAGAGAAACGUGAAGAUCAAAAAAAGGGGCAAGACCUACAGCCUGAACGAAGGCUACGCCAAGUAUUUCGACCCCGCCGUGGCCGAGUACAUAAAGCAGAAGAAAUAUCCCGAGGAUGGCACUGCCCCUUAUGGCGCCAGGUACGUGGGCUCCAUGGUUUCAGAUGUGCACCGUACCAUUGCUUAUGGUGGUAUCUUCCUGUAUCCUGCGAAUGAGAAGAGCCCCAAAGGAAAGUUACGGCUGCUGUACGAGUGCAACCCCAUUGCCUUCCUGGUGGAGCAGGCUGGAGGUUUGGCCACCACUGGCACCCAGAGGAUUUUGGACGUAAAGCCUGAGGCUCUGCACCAGCGGGUCCCUUUCGUGGUGGGCUCCCCGGACGACGUGGAGGAAUAUUUAUGCUUUGUCAAGAAACACCAGAAGUAGACCUUUCGAGACCUUUUCUCAGACAUCUAAGCAGUUAUGUCAAGCCAAAUGUUCUUAGCCUGAUAUGAACCACAUUCUGGCAGUAAUGUAAUAAUAAUGUGACAACGGUUGGUGAUGAUGAAUCCCAUUAUGGUUGGUGAUGAAUUCCAAAACACUUCUACAAAUUUCAGGGUUUAAAGCUAAUGCAAAAAACUGACCUGUCUAAAGUGCCUCAGACUUUCCAUGCAGUCCUUCAAAUGUUCCUAUUUCUAUUGUGUCUGGUCUCAAAAUAAAGACCCAUGUUGUAUUUUAACACCAAGGAGUGAAAGCCAAAUAAAAACUUCACAUUCAAAUCA